AUGCAGCUCCUUCAAUCCCUCUCCACGGGCCUGCUGCUCGCCAGCAGCUGCCUGUCCUCCCUGGCUGCUGCCCGUUCCAUCCCCGCGGCCAAGGGUCUCGCCGUGAGACAGACCCAGCCCGAGCAGAAGAUCACCCCCAAGGUCUUCAUCGUCUCCAUGUUCGAGCCUGAAGCCGAAAUCUGGUGGGGCAUCGACGAGUUCGACAUCCUGGCGCACAACAUCACCAUCCCCGGAGCGUCCCCUCUGUUCCCCGACGUGCACUGCACCGCCGACUACAGCAUCUGCCAGCUGGUCACCGGCGAGUCCGAGAUCAAUGCCGCUGUCACUGUCUCGUCCAUCGUCUUCAACCCCAUCUUCGACCUCACCCACACCUACUUCCUCAUCGCCGGUAUCGCCGGUGUCAACCCCGAGGAGACCACCAUCUGUAGUGUGACCUUCGCCCGCUACGCCGUCCAGGUCGCCCUGCAGUAUGAGAUCGACAUCCGCGAGAUGCCCGCCAACGCCACCACCGGCUACUUCCCCCAGGGCUCCUACUACCCCUGGCAGUACCCCGGCAGCAUCUACGGCACCGAGGUGUUCGAGGUGAACGACAACCUGCGCAAGCUGGCCGUCAGCUUCGCCAGCAACGCCACCCUGGCCGACAGCGAGGAGGCUCAGGCCUACCGCGCCAACUACGCGACCCCCGACGGCAUCUACGCCGCGGGCACCCGCGCCCCCUCCGUCGUCGAGUGCGACGUCGCCACUAGCGACGUCUACUACAGCGGCGUGAUCCUCGGUGAGACCUUCGGCAACUACACCUCGCUCCUGACCAACGGCACCGGCAACUACUGCGCCAGCGCCCAGGAGGACAACGCCACCCUGGAGGCCCUCCUCCGCGCGGCCAAGUUCAACAUCACCGACUUCAGCCGCGUCAUCGUCAUGCGCACCGCCUCCGACUUCGACCGUGAGUACCCCGGUCAGUCCGCCCGCGACAACCUCCUCUACGCCAGCACCGGCUCCUACGAGCCCUCCGUCGAGAACAUCUACCGCGCCGGUGUCAAGAUCGUCGAGGGUAUCCUCGCCGAGUGGAACUCCACCUUCGCUGCCGGCGUCAAGCCCAGCAACUACAUCGGUGACAUCUUCGGCACCCUGGGCGGCGAGCCCGACUUCGGUCCCGGCCACUACGAGUCCCUCGUCGACGCGGGUGUCCUCAAGAAGCGCGGUGUCGCCAAGCGCUCCAUGCGCCGCAACUAA